CUCUGCAACAAUUUUCAGAAAAGCAAAAUACAAUUUUCUUGACUCUGGAAAUUAAUCUUUGUUCUUCAUCAAUCCUACUCAAUCCCCUAUGGUUUAGGACAACAAAAACUUAGAACAAAUGGCGUAUAAAGUGGAUCAGGAGUAUGAUUAUCUCUUCAAGAUUGUACUGAUUGGUGAUUCGGGUGUGGGCAAAUCCAACAUUCUUUCAAGGUUUACAAGAAAUGAGUUUUGCUUGGAAUCCAAGUCAACCAUAGGUGUCGAAUUUGCUACCAGGACCCUUCAGGUAGAAGGGAAGACAGUUAAGGCUCAGAUAUGGGACACAGCAGGUCAAGAGAGGUAUCGUGCCAUCACCAGUGCUUACUACAGAGGUGCGGUUGGGGCCCUUCUCGUUUAUGACAUAACCAAGAGGCAAACCUUUGACAAUGUCCAGAGGUGGCUGCGUGAACUAAGGGACCAUGCAGAUUCAAACAUUGUCAUUAUGAUGGCUGGAAACAAGUCUGAUUUGAACCAUCUCAGGGCAGUGGCAACAGAUGAUGCACAAAUGCUGGCCGAGAGGGAAUCCCUUUCUUUCCUUGAGAUAUCAGCUUUGGAAGCCUUCAAUAUUGAGAAGGCAUUCCAGACCAUUUUGUUAGAUAUUUACCACAUAAUAAGGAAAAAGGCACUGGCCACGCAGGAGGCAGCUUCCAGCACAGGCCUCCCUCAAGGCACCACCAUUAAUGUUGCCGAGGUGUCUGGUAAAGUCCCCAAGAAAGCAUGUUGUUCAAACUAGAAGAUAUUGUUUUGUAAAAAUGGUAAGGCAAAUGUUACCAUCCCUAGCAAUGUGCUAAAUUGAGAACAGAAAUGAAAAUACUCUGUAUUAUAGUACCUGUAAUCACCUGAAGGCCAUUCAGAAAGCUGGUAAUUUUUGCUUCAUAACAGCCAUAUAUAGAUUAACAUGUAAAAUGAUGGGAAAUACCCUUUUUUUUUCUUUUUUUUUUUCUUCUGUAAAGGAGGGGAUAGAUACAAAGAGGGAUUGUGAGGUGGAGUAUUUCCCAUUC